AUUUCAUUCCCUCAGCUUCACAAGCUUCCAAAACAAACAACAUUAAUGGAAAGUGAGAUUUCCAAAUUCUAUUAUAGUACUCCUGAUCUAUCCCUACUAUUACUAUCACUGCUUCUCUACCGAUUUGUCUAUUAGUAGCAUGAUAAAAACAACAGAUGAAACAUCAUUGUAUCAUCUGGUCAAUGGGUAUCUGCUGUAUCUUUGCUCAUUCCGAUUCCAAAACUUCAAAACAUGUCUCUUUUUACAUCAAAAAUAUCCUGCUAUCAUCUCUCUUUUCAAUAUAAAGAAGAGUACUACUUGAGGGAGCAGCUUGAUGUCCUUUCAUUAAUCCAUGGCUUUUAACGUUUUUGAUGUUAAGUAUUAUAAGCAGUUGAGGAAGAAGAAUAAUAUCUGCAAGGUCAGGUCUUGUCCUCAGAACUACUACUCGUACUAUUUCUUCCGGGGAGCAUCAGUGGGGUUUGUUGGGGGGUUUUCAACAUGACGUCCGCCAUUCCUGGUGCUGCAGCUCCUCCUCACCGAAAUCUUUCUAGUAGUUUUACAAAGCACUGCUACGGGGGUUAUGUUGGCGGUGGUCGUACUAGUAUUGGUAGUUUUUCGGACGGCAGUUACGGUCUUAUGAGCCGAUUAGAAGAAGGGUAUGGUUGUAGUAGUGAAGCAGAAGAAAGUACUCCUCCUCCGCCUCCUAGUGGACCUGCUCCUUGCUUAUUGACAUUAGGAUCAUCUUCUGAUCCAGUAUUAGUUAGUCGACAAAUAUUUAUGGCGGAACAGCAGCCAGAUGAAUCAAUUAGAACUGAUCAGAGCACUGUGAAUCAAGCUGCUGGCUCCAGUAAUUCGUUGAAGGAUGCUCCUCGAGAUCAGGACGACAGGGGGGAUGAUGAUCAUGAUCAAGGAUGGCUUCGAUUGAGCAUUGGUGGCCUCACGGCUGCAACCCCUCGUAAUGACAGCGACGAUCAUGAUGACACCGAUAAUAAACAACAGCAGCAGCAGCAACAAGGAGAAGAAGAUGAGGACGAUGGUCGUCCUCAGCCUCAGGUGCUAUCACUAGGACAUCUAAGAAGCUCUCCAGGAGGAAGAGGGGGAAUGGUCGAGCUCGAUCUACUACCUCCUGCAGGCAGUAGUAUGAGUACUGCUAGUACUUCACCACAGCAACUAAGAUCAUACAUCGCCCCUUUCAAUUCUAUGUUUCAUAUUGGGGGGCCUGCUGAAUUUCGAGCUCCUCCUCCUCCUCCUCCUCCUAGGCCGCCGCUUACUGCAAAUUACUUGAUAAAUACACCAUCGCCUUUGUUUCUACAACAUCCGGGGCGAGGAGGAACUAUUUCAUUAACGUCGUCAAGUUCCCCUCCACAUCAAGAAAUUACUAACUGGCCGGCUAAUUCUAGAGUAGUUUCAUCAACUACUCUUCACACCUGUUCUUCAUCUUCACCUUCGUUAGUAGUGCAACCCCCGGGUCCUUAUUUUCCCCGACCCUUUCACCUUCAUGCCGGCAUAGGUGCAGCUACAGCUAGGCCAGCUGGCAUUGAUUUCAGAGUCGUCGAUCCUCCUCGGAGACCACAUUCUGGGAUUUGGUUUAUGCUGCAAGCUCAACAAAAUCAAGCAAAGGAACCGUUCCUUCCCCAGAUAUCCAAGAGCUUUUUGAGAAUCAAGGAUGGAGGAAUGACGAUUCGGUUAGUAAUCAAGUACCUGGUAAAUAAGCUCAAGCUCGAAAGUGAAUCAGAGGUAUGUAUGCAUUUGACAGCUAGCUCAUUCAAAUUGCCGUUUCUCAUUCUAUAACUUGGGAUUAAUUGCUUAGUAGAGUAAAUUAUGGUCGCAUUUCCAUCAACACUAACUCCUAAGUCCUAUCUACUUUUAGUAUGCAAUUGAGCACAACAAAUCUACUCACCCAUAUUCCUCCAUCAUCAUAAAAGAAAAGAGUCACGUCCCAAAAAUAUAUAUAUAUAUAU